GUCAAUUGUUUUUUUUUUUUUUUUUUUUUCCCGAACUUGUCAAUUGUUUUGUAUUUGAUUAUGAAUGAUACAAAUACAUAAAAGAUGGUUCUUAAACUUUUUGCAUAGUAAAGGAAAGCAAACUUGAAUAAUUAAAUUCUAGUAUCCCAGGGCAAAGUGACGUCAUCUUCUUACCCCAAAGAACACUCCACUACGUGUCCGAAUAAUGGCAAAGUUGGUCGCCUAUAUAAUACUCUGCCCCACGAAAAAUUAAUAUAUAGAGAUAAACUUUCAAGAUAACACAAAACCUCUCUCUCCCUAAUUUGUUAAAGAAGAAGAAGAAGAUGAUGAUGGAUUCUCUAGCUAAAUGCUUCAACAGGCUUCAAGAAAGGUACGACAACGUUCUAGAAGCAAAACCUAUCUACAGAGACGACUUAGACAUAACGUUGCCUCUGAACGAAUCAGAGGUUUCAGUAGAAUCGACCAAAAGGUCUCGGUGCUUGCAGAGAGCCAAGAGGAUUGACAAAUCGCUGAGGUUCGAAGCGGAAGAGGAAGACGAUGAACAGAAGCAAAAGCCUCUGGCUAAGCCACGUAAGGUUGUGAGGUUUCAGUUAGAGAAUAAUAAGAUCUUCGAGCCAAAGAAGAGGGUGAGUUUUAAUGAUGAUCACGAACUCAAACCAAAGGAGAAGCCUCUGGAAGAGAAAGAGAGUUUGAAUAUAGUUGAAAAGAAGGAAGAGGUUGUGAGGGUUAAGAUCAAGAUGACAAAGCAAGAAGCUCAAAGGCUGUUAUCGAAAAGCAAAAACGACAGCGUUUUUGAUUUGGAGCAUUUUGUGGACCAGAUCGCACAUGUCCCUGUUCAUCAGCUUCAAGUCGCUAUGGUGAUGGUUGGUUGUAAUAAUGAGCGGCAAGGAAAUGGCUGCUGGUUAUCCCAGCUGGAAUAAGUUAAUUUUGAGUUUAUCUAUCGAACUUUUUUGUAGUUUUAGGGUAGUAUCUAUAUAAAUAUAUAUGUGUGUGUAUAUAUUUUGUAACAGAUUAAUUGAAGUAACAUGAAUUUGGGGAAAAUUUGUUGUUUUUGAUCUCAUAAAUAAUAAUGUAUCAAAUUUUCUACGUUAGUAUAUUCCAAGGUAAAAAAUUUGAGAAAGGGAAAGUAAGAAACAAAGCAAAGAACG